CUUCCUCAUGGAAACUACUAACUGCUGCGAAGUGGAAAUUGAGUUUGAGGAAAAACAGAAAGAUAUUGGAAUCCAAUGUGAUUUAGGCAAAGGUAAUGAUCUCAAAACGCUUGAAGAAUGUCCUAAACAUGAAAAAAAAAGUAAAGAAUCUUCAAUUGGGAAUGUGCUGGAUGUAACCAAUGCGGCCGAAAUACAGUUUUAUACUGGUUUCCAAGAUUAUGAACAUAUAAAAUUCAUAUUUACUAUUUUUGGUGAUGAAGUAAAUAGUUUAAAAUAUUAUCCUAAAAUGAAAACAUUAAAGGUGCCGUUUAUAAACCCAUGUGAUCAAUUUCUUCUAGUAUUAAUUAAAUUACGCCGGAACAUGUUAUUUACAGAACUCUCCUUUCGAUUGAAGGUUAAUAAAACAGUACUAAGCAACAUUUUUAUAACAUGGGUCAAUUACUUAUAUUAUAAAUUGAAAGAGUUGAAAGUUUGGGUGCCAAAACAAUGCAUAGAUAAAAAUAUGAAGUACUACGGCAAGAUUAAUCCAUGCACAGUUAUAGUAGAUUGCACGGAAAUAAAAAUAGAGAAGCCCAAAAAUCCACUUACCCAACAGCUUACAUAUUCCACUUACAAAUCAGCAAAUACUCUAAAAGUUUUAGUUGGAAUUUCAGCAUCAGGCUGCGUUACAUUUGUAUCAGAUGCAUAUGGUGGGUCUACGAGUGAUCGUGAACUGUUUGAAAAAUGUGGACUUAUUGAUAAACUUGAACCUAAUGAUAUCAUUCUUAGUGACCGUGGCUUUAAUGUCCAAGACCUAGUGUGCCAUAAAGAUGUUACAGUUAAUGUACCAGAAUUUUUAAAAAAUACUGAUGGACAAUUUGAGACUUCUCAACUCAGAAGAUCAAAAAAAAAUUCAUCAGAACGGAUACACGUUGAAAGGGUCAUUGGUUUGGCUAAAACUUUUAAGAUCUUAAGCGGCAAGCUAGAUUCAAAAUUGGUGCCUUUAGCAGGUAGAAUUAUAUUUGUAUGUUUUAUGUUAACUAAUUUCAAAAAUAAUAUCAUAAGGUAAAACAUGUUUUUUUUAAUUUCAUUUAUUUACCGUCACUUUUAACAGUACUGUUCAUUCAUGAUCACAUUACAUGGUUUACCUUAUUGCUAUAUUAA